AUGCAUUCGUGGGAAAAAGUUAUUGAAUCCACAUUCAUAACCCUCCGGUUGCAGCAGAAUUCGUUCGAAAAUGUAUCGGAAUCCUGUGUCACGCAGAUUGGAGAUGUACAGGGAGACAUUUCCCAAACUUUUAUCGAACGAUCGUGGAAUGCGCUGCUCGAUGUUAUCGGUGAUGAUCCGGACAUGCUGUACGUUUGGUAUUUGACGAUCUACACGUACGGGCUGUACUGGAUUAUUGGUGGCCUUUUUGCACUGAUGGACCUCACUAACCGACCCAAGUUUCUGCGCAAGUACAAAACGCAACCAGGGACCCACGAACCAUUGCGGUGGGAUCAUUUCAAAAAGCUCGUCAGAACGGUAGCUUUCAAUCAAGUAGUGGUCGCCGUACCGACUUCUUACAUCUCCUACCAUGUCAGCAAACGGUUCAUUACCAUGCCGGACGUUCGUGUGGUGCCGUCGUUGGGUCUGGUCCUGCGAGACAUGGCCGUGUGCAUUUUCGUUUGGGAAACAUGGUUCUACUACGUUCACCGGAUGUUCCAUAGCCGACAUUUUUAUCAGCGAUUCCACAAACAGCAUCACGAAUGGCGAGCGCCGGUGGCACUGUCCGCCAUGUACGCGCAUCCACUCGAGUCCCUUCUUAACACUUUGCCUCCCGUGCUUCUCGGCCCCGGAAUCAUGAGAAGUCAUUUGUUCACGACAGUCAUUUGGCUGACGUUCGUCACGUGGGACUCUCUGGGGGACCAUUCCGGUUAUCAUCUGCCGUUCCUGGGAAGCUCCGAGGCACACGAUUAUCACCAUCAGAACUUCAACCAGUGCUACGGAAAUUUCGGGUUGUAUGAUCGACUCCACGGCACCGACAACGAGUUUCGUAAAAAGAAACAGUAUCAAAGGCAUCGUCGAAAUUUUAGCUUCAAAUCCGCCAGGGAACUUGUGCCGGGGAAAUAG